AUGAACCUCCUAGUAAAAGCAGUGCUUCUUCGAACUCUUGGCUUCUUACUUUGGGUCUCACUCAGUGCUUGGUUGUUUGUUGUGGUCGAAUACAAGGAAGCAGACGAAAAAGAAGAAAAAUAUCAGUUGUUGCUCUCUCUGUACGAUUUUCUCGCGUCUAAAUACAACAUGAGCAUAGAGGAGUUUAAUAACAUCUCCAAUUCCGCAUACGAGGCUUUGAGCCAGCCCAAGAUACAAUGGACAUACUCCAAUGCGAUGGCUUUUGUUUUUCAGUCUUUGACCACCAUUGGUAAGCCGAAGUAUACAAUAAGUUGUAGAAUGUAUCCCGCAAGUUCGCCUCUAUAAGGUGGUACAUGAAGUUUUCCUACAAUUUUUUCCUGAAGUUAAUUGAGUCUCACACGCUUACUGGCCCACUACUCCUCUCUGUCGCGUGAGCCUAGCCCUAAUUUUCUCAUGGCACAAAGUGAACUUCAAUUGGGUGAAACUAGACAGCUUAUCAGAAAAAAGGAAAAAUAACGAUGAUAACUCGAAGCUAUAACAAGCAAAUUGCAUGAAGCGCGGGGAAACGCAUGUGACCAAGUCGCGAUUGGGUUUAUUUUUGCAACUGACUGACUAAGUGGUUGAUGCGAGUUUUCUAGACCAAUCACAGAGCAUAAUGAAGCAAAAUUUCAGUUGACAACUGCUUUAAAGGCGCUGAGAGUGCUGCUUCUACUCAUGGGUGGGAUGUUAAUCCAUCGCAGACAACUUUCAGUACCCUUAGUAAUUAGUCAAGUUCUCCUGUUUUAUACUCCGGAGGAACGAGUUACUAUAGAAUAACACAGCACAAUAAUCACUGACAUAUGGUCUGAAGUCAAGCACACAAACAAUUCGUUUAAUAUCUUUUCACCGAUCUAUUUGUUCCUUUUUUUCCGUUUCAUAUAGGCUAUGGAUACAUCACUCCCCAGACACAGACAGGUCAAUUGCUUUGCAUCUUCGUCUCGUUACUGGGGAUUCCCAUCACUUUGCUCGCAUUUAAGUCCGUCGGUGAACUCAUCGCCAAAGGUGUGGCCACAUUUGUUACAAAGUUUGAGAGGAAAAUCUUAAAGAGGCCUGAGCCCAAAAAGUUGCAAGCAAAAAGUGCUCUAAUUCUGUUUAUGAUGAUGUUAUUGUUGAUAGUGUUAAGCAGCCUGUUGCUAGUAUAUUUUUUAAAUUGGUCUUUUGUCACGGGUGCGUAUUUCUGGUUCAUAACAUUUUCUACAAUCGGAUUUGGUGACUACGUGCCAGGACUUCCACAAAGGAUCAGGCAAUUAACUCCAAAUAACUUUACUCACGAAGACAACGACAAUAAACCAAGCGACGGAGAAAGAACCACUUUUGCUAUUUUCGAAGGCCUGUUUCUCACAUUUUAUUUAAUUUUGGGCUUGUGCGUCGUCUCGAGUGUUCUUAAUUCCAUUAUGAUGGCCCUCGAAGAAUAUAAGUGUCGACCUCCGUGUCCCGGAUGUGUCCCUCGAAAAACGCAGCAUCAAGGGAACAUUGACAAUUACACUCCAACGGAAGGCGAAGCCAACGCGACUUACUUGAGCAUGAAUAACUAUGGAUUUCACAAAGAUAACAUGACAUCAGUGGCUGAGUAA